AUGUUAUUAUUUAAAUUGAACAGAAUAUUAUUAAAUACCCAAUCCGGAUCAUCACUUCCAAGAGAUACCUUUGGAAGAGUUCCCAAUAAUUUAUAUCAAAUAUUAAAACUUUCCCGAAAGGCUUCACUGAAAGAAAUUAAAACAGCCUUUGUUGGCUUAGCAAAACAAUAUCAUCCAGAUAAUAGGAAUGGAGGUGAUCAGGAAUUAUUCAGACAAUUAAACGAAGCCUAUAAGGUUCUUUCCGAUCCAGCUAAAAGAGCAGAAUAUGAUUUUGAAAUUCAACAAGAUGAGGAAGCCUUCCGAUUGGAAGAACAAUUCAAACAAGAUGACUAUUCUAAAUUAUUUGGUAAUAAGAGACAACGAGUGAGGACUGUAAAUUUGAGUGAGGAGGAUAAACAACGAUUUAUGGAAAUGAUGAAGAAGAAAAAGGUGGAAAACUUUGAGCAUAUGAAGAGAAAUCAUGAACACAUGUUUGUUGAUUUGAAGAAACAGAAGAAGAGUCCUUGGAAAUUGGUUGUACUAUUACUUGGAGGAAUUACAUUACUUUGGAGUGUGAAAUUGACAAUGUGGUAUAAUUCAGUGUACAAAAAUUGGAAAACGACAGAUGAGAUCAUUGAUGUAGUUCAUCCAUUUGCUAAUGAUACCGAAUCAAAUGUUCAGAGAAGUAUUGACGUUCCACGCAAUAUUAAGAAUAUGCUUAUUCAAUAUCAAGAUAAACAAUACAUUGAUGCCAAAUAUUAUAAACAAUCCAUUAAUUCUGAAAACUCAACUACUAACCCUUCCUCCUCUAGUAGCAGUGCAGAACAAUCCAAAUAA